AUGACUGCGCUCGGCCAAUCAGCUGCGCCGGUGGACGGGGCCUGUGGUGGUGUGGGCGGGGCCUGUAGCGGUGUGGGCGGGGCCUGUGGUCAUGAAGCUGCUGUGGCUGUUGUUGUCUGUGACCUCGUGCGUCAGUGGGAUGCCCCACCUGCCCGUCGCUCCUGCCGCUCCUGCCGCCCCUGCCGCCCCUGCCGCUCCUGCCGCUCCUGCCGCCUGCCGCUCCUGCCUGCCGCUCCGCUGCCGCCUGCCUGCCGCCUGCCUCUGCCUCUGCCUGUGGAAGACGGGUGUCUGGUCGUGUCUCCGGAGGUGGAGUUGUUCCGUGUGGAGGGGGAGCCCGUCAUUCUGUCCUUUCCGUUCCUCCACAGCGUCCUUAAAGCCCGAGGCAUGUCUGUGUCUGGAGCCUCUGUCCUCGUCGCCAAGACCGACUGCGCCGUCGACUCCGCCACCGCCAGCCCCGCCCCCAACAGCCCUGCAACCAAUGACGCCAACAGCCCCGCCCCCGAGUACACCGACAGCCCCGCCCACAUCACGACCUCUAGCCCCGCCCACGGCGCCGAGGGGCGUGUCCUGCAGCGGGGGCCGCAGCUGUGGCUCCUCCCCGCUCACGAGUCGGACUCGGGGUCGUACACCUGCACGUACAGGACAGAGAGCGUGUGUGUGCGCGGUCGUGUGUCUCUGCAGGUUUACUCGUCUCCGCUCGUGCACUUGGAUAAACUGUGGUACAGGAUCAGCGUCUCCGAGGGGGAAACUGUGUCCUUCAGGUGUCCAGGCCUGAGCAGCUUCAACCGCUCGGAGACACACGUCCACUGGGACAAGGUGUCCGGAGCCCGGGGCCCCUUCGUGUCGUCCGGGGGCCGUCUGCAGAUCUCGGCGGUGCACAGGGACCACGGGGGCCUGUACCGCUGCCGCGCCACCGUCACGCUGACGGAGCGACAGUACGGAGUGAGCGCCGCCGUCCUGCUCGCCGUACGAGAAAAACCUGGUGUCCUCCUGCCGGACCUCCCCGUGACCUCUGACCCCCCCGUGACCUCUGACCCUUGGCCGACCUCCACACAAAUGUCUCCAGACUGGGAUCCUCCUAUGAUCGUGUCUCCAGCGGACGGGACGGUUUUUGAGGCGCCUCACGGCUCGGCGGUGGAGCUCUUCUGCGUGGUGCUCGUGGACUGCGCGACGGCCGAGUCCACGGACGUGACGUGGCAGGUGAACGGCGAGUCGCUGGAGGCGUCGCACCUGAACGGGAGAUUUCUGCUCGGCGCCAGGAGGGUGGGCGGGGCUUCGGGGCGCUGUCAGGUGGAGCUCCCCCUCGUCGUCAUGGAGAUGAGAGAGAGGGACGCGGAGGCGGAGCUAAAGUGCGUCGCCCAAAACCGGCGCGGACGACAGGAAGUGGGCGUGAGUCUGCGGCCCGAGGACGCGACUCACACCUGGCUGCUGGUGACAGGGGCGGCCCUGCUCUGUCUCCUGUCCGUGGUCUUCGUGUUCCUCUGGGUCCUGUUCAGACCCUCGCGGAACCGGACCAAACGGGACUACACCCUGACGAGCCGGCAGGACAGCACCUUCUCCGACCUCGGCUGAAAGAACCAAGAAAAACGAGGAAAAACCGAGACGGAAUCUGAGUUUUAAAAGUGGAAUUGUGUUUUAUUUUUAUUUUAUUUUUAUUAUUUUUUUAUCAUGUGUUUGGUUUUUUUGUUUUUUAUUUAAAUUGUUGUAUUUGACUUUGGGUUUUAAAACAGAACUUCAGACAGACCAGGGCCUACAGUUAGCAUUCUGAUGUCAUGAAACCUGGACUAAACCUGGACUAAACCAGGACUAAACCAGGACUAAACCAGGACUAAACCUGGACUAAACCUAAACCAGGACUAAACCAGGACUAAACCUGGACUAAACCUGGACUAAACCAGGACUAAACCAGGACUAAACCUGGAUUAAACUAAAUCUAAGAUGGACUAAAUUUGAAGUAAACUUAAAUCUGGACUUCACCAAAAUCUCUCAGGUCUAAACCAGAACUAAACCAGGUCUAAACCAAGUCUAAACCAGGUCUAAACCAGGUCUAAACCAGGACUAAACCAGGUCUAAACCAGGUCUAAACCAAGUCUUAACCAGGUCUAAACCAGGACUAAACCAGGACUAAACCAGGACUAAACCAAGUCUUAACCAGGACUAAACCAAGUCUUAACCAGGUCUAAACCAGGACUAAACCAGGACUAAACUAGGUCUAAACCAGGUCUAAACCAGGUCUAAACCAGGACUAAACCAGAACUAAACCAAGUCUUAACCAGGUCUAAACCAGGACUAAACCAGGACUAAACCAAGUCUUAACCAGGACCAAACCAAGUCUUAACCAGGUCUAAACCAGGACUAAACCAGGACUAAACUAGGUCUAAACCAGGACUAAACCAAGUCUUAACCAGGACUAAACUAGGUCUAAACCAGGACUAAACCAGGACUAAACCAGGUCUAAACCAGGACUAAACCAGGACUAAACCAGGAAAACCAGGACUAAACCAGGACUAUUUCAGGACUGAAUCAGGUUUUAUUUUACCAUAUUGAAAUCGUCUUGUUUCUUUUAUUGUUUUGAAAAAGUUUCACGUCGUUUUCAGAUUUUUUUCUUUUGACUUUUUGUGGCUCUGAGUCUCGCCUCCCUCUGCUGAGUCACUCCCCCUUCAGAGCGCCACCCUCCAACGAAACUACUGCAAAUGAAAUCGGGUUUUUUUUUUUUUUUCAGGUUUUGAGUUGAGUUUUUGUGUGGUGUUUUUGUGCGUUUGCCUCUGACCUCUGGAAUGUCCCGCAGUGUGGCAUUAAACUCACCUGGUCUUUGUCUGGAGUGGGGUCGCCUCUCCGCAGAUCUGACCUGUAAAGGCUGUUUUUUCUGAUCUGUUCUAAUGUCGUUUCCUCCUAAUGUGAAAUAAUCAAAUUUAAACCGAUAAAUAAUAAUAAUAAUAAAUGUGAAAAAUGAAAAGAAAAAUAAAAAAGAAGAAAAGACAA